AUGGUCUCUCGCGCGCGAUUCAUCCGGGCGCUUCAGCAGCAGAGCCGUCCGCGCGCCGCGGUCGGUGCUGCGCUGCCCAGGGCUACCACCGUCCCUGCAACGGCCGCUCGCUGCUUUGCCACAUCGCACCCCAGGCUGAUUGCGCCCUCGCCUGUCCACAGGGUCGCUAAACUGACGUCAGAAACCUACCCCGAGAUCAAGCGCGACGACAAGUUUGCUCAAUUGACCGAGGAGCACGUCGCAUAUUUCCGCGAGCUUCUGGGCGGCGAGUCGGCGAUUAUCGAUGGAGUGAGCAAGGACGCCGAAGACGACAUGCUCAUGUUCAACGAGGACUGGAUGCACAAAUAUCGCGGACAGGCGCGGCUCGUCGUCAAGCCCAAGUCGACCGAAGAAGUCAGCAGGAUUCUCAAGUACUGCAACGACAACAUGCUGGCCGUCGUGCCCCAGGGCGGAAACACGGGUCUGGUCGGUGGCUCGGUACCUGUCUUUGACGAAGUCGUGAUUAGCAUGGCGCGCAUGAAUGAGAUUGAAUCUUUUGACGAAGUCAGCGGCUCCUUGGUGCUCGGCGCCGGCUGCGUGCUGGAAGUUGCGGACCAGUAUCUCGCAGAGCGCGGCUACAUCUUCCCCUUGGACCUCGGCGCCAAGGGGUCCUGCCAUGUCGGCGGCAACGUCGCUACAAAUGCCGGUGGCUUGCGUCUGCUUCGCUACGGCAGCCUGCACGGCAGUGUCCUCGGCAUGGAGGCCGUACUUCCUGACGGAACCAUCAUGAACGAUCUGUGCACCCUGCGCAAGAACAAUACUGGCUACGACCUGAAGCAGCUCUUCAUCGGUGCUGAGGGCACAAUCGGCAUCAUCACCAAGCUGUGCAUUCAGUGCCCUCAGCGAUCGCCUGCUGUCAACGUGGCCUUUUUGGGUCUAGAGUCUUACGAGAAGGCGCAGCAGGCCUUUCGCGAGGCCAAGGGCCAGCUCUCGGAGAUUCUUUCGGCAUUUGAGCUGAUGGAUGGACUUAGCCAGGAGUUGGUGCACCGUGCCAAGGGGGAGACGAUGCCGCUCGACGGUACUUUUCCUUUCUACUGUCUCAUUGAGACCAGCGGAUCAAACAGCGAACACGACUAUGAGAAGCUGGAGAAGUUUCUCGAAGACGUCAUGGGCAACGAGGUAGUGGCCGAUGGCGUGGUGGCCCAGGAUGCGACGCAGAUCAAGUCGCUGUGGGCGUGGCGGGAGAGCGUGCCUGAAGUCAGCGCUCACUGGGGCGGUGUCUACAAGUACGAUGUGUCAAUCCCGCUUGCCGACAUGUACAGCAUCGUGCCCGACGUGAAUGGCCGUCUGGAAGAGGCCGGGCUGCUAGGCGAGUCUGACGAGUACCCUGUCCUUGGCUGCGUCGGCUACGGUCACAUGGGCGACUCCAACUUGCACCUCAACGUCGUGGUCCGACGGUAUGACAAGGCUGUGGAAAAGGUUCUGGAGCCGUACGUGUACGAGUGGAUCGAGAAGCGAAAGGGCAGCAUCAGUGCGGAGCAUGGCCUGGGAUUGGCCAAGAAGAACUAUAUUCAGUACUCGCGGAACGACACGAUGAUUGGCCUGAUGAAGCAAAUUAAGCAAUUAUACGACCCGAACGGCAUCAUGAACCCGUACAAGUAUUUGUAA